AUGGCCACAAAUUCACAUCGUGCACGAAGACUUGCUGGCGUGGUGCGUGUGGGCAGCUGUUUCUGCGCAGGCUCCUGCUGUGCAACGGUGUUGUUUGCGCUGGUGGGACGAUUUGGUUUGGGCUUCACCCCCGGACCACCUGUAUCUUUCCGUGGUGCGGGACUUUAUCGGCGUGGCCCAGGUCGAGCGGAACGUCAUUGUGUGACUGAAACCAGUCCUCCGGAGCUUGAUGCAGCAGUCAGGGCUGGAGGUUCGGUCCUCCUGGAUGUUUACGCUGUAUGGUGUGGUCCCUGCAAACUUCUGGAACCUGCACUGCGCAAACUGGCCGGACGCUUGUCAAGCGGUGAAUUUGAUGAACCUGGCAUCCCCAGCCCACAAGUCCUGCGCCUGGACAGUGACCGGCACACCACAAAGGCAACUGCGUUGGGUGUGGAAGGCCUGCCCACGGUAAUCUUUUUUAAGCACGGUGUGGAGACAGGUCGGUUCGAAGGAUCUGUGAGCCUGUCCCAACUGGAGGAUGCAGCAGCUGCCGCGCUGGGAAUGGUGGAGCUGUUAGACGACACGGGACUGGCUACAGAAGUCAGCAGCUUGGAGGAAUUGGAGCUAACCGUGCAAAUGGAAGAUGUUCUCAUGCUUGGUGUCCUCGGCAGCGGAAAAUGGGAACAAGACUCCGCGGCCCUGGAUGGUACGCUGCAGAUUCUUCGACGCCAGUUAGGCGGGCAGAUGCAGGUGCUGACGUUGGACGCCUCCAGCUUGCCAGGAGUGGCCGAGAGUCUUCAGCUGGGCGACCUCCCAGCUGUUGUCAUCUUUCAAGAUGGGCAGAAGGUGAUGCAUCUAGAAGGGCGGGAUGCUGCAGCAGCCAAUGUUGAUGACCUUCAAGAUGUCUUGGAAGAUGUGGUAAACGGCAUGGAUUGA